AAUUUAAAUCCAAAUAGUAAUAGAAAUUUAGAUCUGCAAAUUUUAAAAAUAUUUCACGCGGUUUUCCUAGAGCGAUUGAAAACACUCUCGUCCCUCCUUUCCGAAUUUUGUCAACCAAAUCGGUUGCAAUUUUAGAAGGUAGAGCUUCUGAUCUGCACUUAAGUCUGCAUUUUUACAUAAUAAUUCAUAUCAGAUCCGCAAAGGAAGAGAUCCAUUUUAGUAGUCUUUGCAUGUGCAGUAAAUUUUUUAUAAAAAGGCUGAAAGGUACCGGGGUUAUCUGCUUCAGAGCAGUGUGCUCUUAUGUAUAACAGAAGAAGUUCCGAUCAUCAUUUGCAAAGUUGAAAAGCAAGGACAAAAAUGGGUGAUUUCAAUUUGGCUUUGAUUGUAGUAGCAGCAGUAGUGUGUGUCCUUGUUUUUCUUUUCAAUAUCUACCUGCUUAUAAAUUUUCAACAUCCUGAUGACCUUAAUCAAGCAUAUUUUCCAAAGCUAGUGGUAGUUCUUGGCCUUUCAGUCGCCGAAAUCUCCAUUCUGAUGUUGCCAGCAGACGUAGCAAAUCAACAUGCUUGCAGCCAUGCAAUAUACAAUGGGGCAUGCAAAUUAACACUUCCUAUGAAGGAUCUGUGGUUGGCAAUAUAUAUUCUAGAUGCUGUAUUGGUGUUCUUUGUCAUACCGUUUGCCAUGUUUUACUAUGAAGGAGAUCAAGAAAAGAGCAUUGGAAAAAGGGUACUUAGUGCUUUGAUGUGGGUCAUUAUGACAGCUGUUGUUGUUGGGCUUGUGCUUGGAAUUCUUUAUGGUCUUGUUGGUAAAGUUGAUUUCACCGUACGACAUCUUUCAUCUGCAACAAAUACAUUUCCAAGCAGUUGGUCUGAUCUUUCAAGCAACCGUCCUUGUAUACAAGGAACAAAUGGCAGUAGUUUACAGUGUGCUGCUUACACAGCUCGUUCAUCAUCAGAGAGUACUUGGACCAUGCGGACGACCUUUCCGGAAUAUGUUGUAGCUCUUGCUACAAUUGUUGGAUCAGUACUAUUUUCAAUAUUUGGUGGAGUAGGAAUUGCUUGUUUGCCUUUGGGUCUUAUAUUUUCUUUCCUUCGCCGACCAAAAGCGGUUAUUACUCGUGCACAAUAUAUCAAGGAGGCGACUGAAUUAGGGAAGCGGGCAAGAGAUAUAAAAGAAGCAGCUGCGGCACUUCAAAGAGAGGAGAGAAGUGGUAAUAAAGGAAGGAAAUGGCGCAAGAAUGUUAAGGCAGUUGAGAAGGAGCUUCUUUUUCUAGAAGAAGAUGUUAAAGGUUUAGAGGAGAUUUAUCCCCAGGGAGAAAAGGCAGAAGUAUCCUGGGCCUUAACUGUUCUUACCUAUAUAGGAAGAAUGAUACUCGGAAUUAUUGGGUUUGUUGUUUCUGUUGCAUGGGUUGCUCAUAUUGUGAUAUACAUGUUGAUCAACCCUCCUAUUUCACCAUUCCUUAAUGUGGUGUUCAUCAAGUUAGAUGAUGUCUGGGGUCUUCUUGGAACUGUGGCAUUUGCAUUCUUUUGCUUCUAUCUUCUCCUGGCAGUAAUAGCUGGGGCAAUGGUUCUUGGUUUGAGGCUUGUUUUUAUAACAAUUCAUCCAAUGAAGUGGGGUGGAACAUUAAUGAAUUCAUUCCUUUUCAAUGUGGGACUUAUUCUUCUCUCUUCAAUCAGUGUUAUUCAAUUCUGUGCGACAGCUUUUGCUGUUUAUGCACAAGCAACUGCUGCUCAGGAAAUAUUUGGUCACACUCUGGAAUCCUUGCGUGGCAUCAAGUACCUUUACAAGUAUAAUGUCUUCCAAAUAGCUUUCAUAGUUUUGGCUGCUGUUACUAUGGUCUAUUAUUUGGCAUUUGGAUGGAAAAAACGAAAACCAAGAGGAAGGCUGCAGCUUGCUAGUUAAAACAUGCAGCUCUUGAGAUCUUAAGCAAGACCACUGCUAGGUUGUUCUGGAGAUAUGCGUUCAUACUAGAAUCUGCUAUUGGUUUGAACCGUUGAUAUCUUAAGCAAGACCAUGGUCAGGUUCUUCCAGCGAUACACUUCCAUGCUAGAAUUUGCUAUUGGUAUUAUUGGUUUCAGCUCUUGAGAUCUUGAGCAAGAUCACAGCUAGGUUAUUCUGGAGAUACACUUUCAUGCUAGCGUUUGAUACUGGUGUUAACACUUUAUUCUACCCUUGUUGAGGCAUCAUGUUUACUAAUUGUGUAUGAGAAGAUGUUACAAUGUAGAUUAGUGUAACAAAUGAAAUCCUUUUUGGCAUUUGCCUAGUAUUUAUUUUGUAGGGUGAUUUUGAUGAUUGUCUUUUGGCUCAUCCCUUGCCAAAACGCAGCAGACUUAUAUGUUGCUUUGGAGAAUAUUUGAAUGCAUGUAUAUAACAUUUUUUUGUAAAUGUGAUGUGGGUACUGAUUAUUCUGUUGAAAGCUAAUGUAUAAAAUUAAGUUGGAAAGGAA